GUGCACGCGUGUGUGUUCAUGCGUUGGAAUGGUACGUACGGUAUCGAGUCAGCGCGAAAAAGUGGAGGAAAUAUGGAGAUUAUUUUCUGAUAUACAUGGAAGACCGAGGGAGUAUUAAAGCCACCGCCAAGGCGGAUGACGUGGUCUUCGCGAAUCGCGGUACGUCCAGCCGACCGCAAUCGGCCGUCGACCAGUCGUUGUUCCAUGCGUUUCUGAUGCGUUUUCGCACGAGGCGGUUCCACGAUACCGUGGUGCGUGUCACGAAAUAAAGACAUUAUGAUGCGUUAUGCAAACAACGAAACUCUGUGAUAGAUGGGCGCCGCUUGCUCGUCGCUCUAUUUGACGGUGAACGUCGAUGUUAGUGCAUGUUAAUUAAGAGGAUAAUGAGACCGGAAAGGUUUCGAUUUGGAAACUUCACGCGAACACGAAGGAUCACCCAACGGUGAAAUCUAGCGCUUUCCAACGAAUCUCAAACGAGAGAUCUGUCAACAAUUGAAAAAGCGAUUAUUUGUAAUCGUCCAAGAUUUUUAUAAUUCCGCGCAUAACUAGGUUAUUUAGACGAAACAUAUGGAUGAUAUUCUUUAUUUUAAUAUGAUUCAUCAUUAUUACUGAAAUAAGGUGAUCAAGUAAAAUACUUCAUUACUGAUUUAAAUAAUAAUUACUCCUUGACGAGAUACGAAUGAUAUCACGAAUAAAAUGUAUAACUUAAAGUCAAGUCUACAGAUUAUGAUAUUAUAUAUCAGUAUUUUCAAUACAUUGCACGUUUCACAAGUACAGGCAGAAGGUAUUUCAUGUUUUAAGUGUCUCAUGACAUUCACAAAUCCGGACGACACAGAACUGCUUUGUUCCCAUUUCGACGGGAGUGCCAAAUUCCAAGUGUUCUGUCCAACCUCGACGCUUUGUAUGAAGAGAACCGUUCAGUACAAGUCCAAAACAUCUGUAGUGACCACUGUUCAACGAGAUUGCGCGCCACAGAAAUAUACUUCUCACACUUACAACGACGCCGAUAAGCAGUGGCAUAAAAAGGAAGAGGUCAUAACAUCUGCUUACGACGAGGGUUGCUUUAUUGGAGAACACAGAGGCGCGCCUACUGGCCCACCUGAAUACUGCUUUUGUAGUUUUCAUCUGUGCAAUUCAUCUCCUUCGCAAAUUGGAAUGUUUAACAAAAUAUAUGGGGCAAUAUUAGCAAUGUUAAUUAUGAGAUUGUUAUAAAAUUGUUUAUAGCACAUAACGUGUUACUUAAAAGAAAGUGCAAUUGUACGAGUUUCGUGCACAUGGUAAGUAUCAGUGUCUCUCCUGUUAAGUACAGAACUGCAGAGAUCAUAACAAAUUGCAAAUAUCAUAUCAUAAAUACAAAAAUAUUGAAGCCUAUCCGAUAUGAA